AUGUUACGCCACACGGGACUAUUCCGGUUUUUGUUUGUUAGUUCGUUCGUUUUAUGUAGUCUGUUUUCCUGGUUCAUGCGUUCUUCACGUUGUAUGUAAGUUCGUGUCCAGGUCUGUCUACAUUCGUUUAUUUGUUUUGUAAUUAUUCAAGUGUUUGUCGUGUUUUUCCGUUUUGUCUAUUAAAUCAUUAUGUAUUCACAACCCGCUGCAUUUUGGUCAAAUCCCUGCUACUCCUCUUCGGAUGAGAAGGAGGAAGCCCGUUACAGUAGCCUAAAUCACUAUUCAGACCAGCCUUCCUCGCCUGAAGAGCACUGCAGUGUGUUUUUAGCCAACAUGGCUGAGGACGGCGAGUGGGUUGUGGAGAGCAUCGCUGGAUAUUUGGGAAGUCCUGAAUGGGUCAUUCCAUACACUGACUUCUUGGAAAACAAAUGUACAGUUUUUGAUGACGAAGAUGAAAAUAAAUUGACUUAUACAGAAAUCCAUCAGCAGUACAAGCAUUUGGUGGAGAAGUUGUUAGAAACGUACAUGCAAGAGGUUGGCAUCGAUGAGCAGCAGUUUUUGGAGGCAUGCUCUUCUCCUUUUGCCAAGUCCAAAACCUUACAGACUGUAUUCCAGCCCGUCCUGGCCACAGACGACUUCCAGAUGUUCAGGUCUCUCAUGGUGCAGAAGAACAUGGAGCUCCAGCUUCAGGCGCUGCAGGUCAUUAAAGAGAGAAAUGGCGCCCUGCCUGAGUGUCUCACAGAUGGAGCAGACGUGAUGAGUGAACUGGAGCAGCAGGAGAUGAAGAUUAUACAGGAGGUUCUGAAGAGGUCAAAGGAGGAUUAUGACCUAGAGAUGGCUCGGCGACAGCAGUCAGAGGAGAUCGGCUCCACGUCCAGAAGCUGCUCUGAUAGGCCAGUUCUAGAGGCAAUCAGCAUCCAGAGACCCACCUCCAUUCAACAGACCAACAAGGUGAACAGUACAUCUCCUCAGAGAGGGGAGCUGAAGGCUGCUGGAGGUAGUGGGCAGAUGAGUCCAGCCAAUACCAGCACAUCUGCCCCUUCUAAGUUAGCAUCAGAGCCACGAGUCCUUCCUGCUGUGAGGGUUCCAGUGAAGGGCACAGAGCUUCCAGCUGUCUCUAGGGAGAAGGGCAGCAGCCAGGCAGUAGAGGGCUGGAUAGAGGAGGCACGCAAGGAGGCUGGCAUCUCCAAGCCGUUCACAGAGUUGUCAGUAGAGCAGCAGGUGCAACUCCAGCAGAGGGCGCUGUACCUGAGGCAGCAGAGGGACAAACUUCAGGCCAUGAAAAGAGAGCAGAGACCCAAACCAGCCACACCAGAGGAACCCCCAGCACCCACUCCCAGCACACCGGUUUUCCCUUCAAAGGAGAUCUCUGUCGAAGAUAAAAAGAAGUUACAGAAAAGAAAACAUCUGGCUGAAAAACUGAAAGAGGAAGUCAUCAAGAAGUAAACGCAACUGCAAUAUACCCCCCCCCCCCCCCCCCCAGAGUUUAAUUGUAGUCAAAAUGGACCAGAAAUGCACCGGGACAGGGAGUUCAAAUGGAUCUUGAUAUAGAAUCAGUGGUGCAUUAAUAUUAACUAUGUAAUAUCAUGUAUGCUGUUUAAUAAAUCCUAUUAUUUUA